AUGGCGCCGCAGUGCCAAGCGCUGCACCUCUCCGACGAGACGCGCUGCACGUCGGCCGCGACCAACGCCAACGGGCUCUUCUGCCAGUUCCACGCGCGCCAGGUCUACGGCCUGUACAAGGGCUACAAGCGGCGCAACGCCGCGCUCGACCACCUGAUCGCUCACCCGCCGCCGUUCCUCGCCGCCCAGGACGCCGCCGGCACCCCGCUGUCCAAGGUCGACUUCGCCUCCAUCUCGUCCGAGGACGAGCUGCGCCAGCUGCACGACCACCUCUUCGAACGGCACGCCCUGCUCGACCGCGUGAUCCGCGCCCGCAAGCUGCACCAUUCGCGCUUUUACGCGCUCCAGCUCGACUACGGACACCAGCAUUACUUGGAUGCGCUGGCGUCGCAGAAACAUGCCGUGUUGAGGGCGCUGGAGAGGGUCGAGAGGCGCACCGCCGAGGUGCUGUAUGAGCAGCAGAAGUGGUUCAAGUGGGUGCGUGCGCUCGAGGAUGCCGAGGAGGCCGCUCGCGAUGCCGAGAAGAAGAAGGUCAAGCAGGAGGCGCAGCUGCUCAAGCGCCAUUGGAAGGAGGUUGAAGCCCGCAUGCGCGAGCUGAGGAAGCGCGAGGAGGAGAAGCGCCAGGAUGACUUUUUGGACAAGGCGUGGGAGGAACGUGCGAAGGAGGGCGACAUGUCGGAUGAGGACUGGGACCCCAUCGAGGACUCGGUCGAGGAUGAGCGUGGCAACUAUAUCGACCUGCUGCGCCUCUUCCUGUGGCAGGAGACAGCGCGUGAUGUCAUUAGCGAUAGAGAGGCUAAGCCGGCUGAAGAGAACCGCACGCCGCUGAAGAACAUUGAGAACACAGCGGCCCCGAGCGAAGGGGCAGCCGAGAGGGCUGCGGAUGCGCCCAAGAGCAAGGCCGCCAAGAAGCGGGCAAGGCAGAAGGCUGCCAAGGCCAACGAACCUCAGCAGGAAGGCCCCAAGCCCGGCGAAGUGCACGUAGAGAACAAGGACGACGUGCGUCGGCGCCUGCGUGAGGGACAGAAGGUCGAGCGCGGCCCAGGCUGGAAGCUACGCGGCACCGUCGAGAACCCUACCGCCAUCGAAGACCGCAUGCCACCGGUUCCCGAUGACGAGAUCGACAGCUUGCUCUCCCAGAUUACCGAGAUCAAGCAGCUCCUCUUCUGCCGCCUCGUCCUUGGCCAUGCAGCUCUCCUCCCCAUUGCCCUUCGCUCCAACAGCAUCGACGAGUUUCUUGCUGAUGAGGAAGUGACCAACACCGAUCUGCGUGACCUCUGCUUGGAGAUGGAGCAACCGGGAUUGCAGCAACUCCGCGACGCCUGUGCCGACUUGGAGCGCGGCGAAAACGAAGAAGACGAUGACGAGAAGGACACCACGGUAGCUCGCCCGCGUAGCUAUCGCUAUCACAUCACCCGACCCAACGCUAUCCCACGCUCCUACCAAACCAAGCGCGAGAAGGCGUUGAAGGACAAGCGAGACAAGGCCAUUGGUGCCGGUGCAGGCGCCAUGGUCGACUUUGGUGACAUCGAUGACCGAGGCCAGUACCACAUCAAGAAGAUCCGCGUCAAAGUUUGUGGCAAGUACAUCUACAACUACCCCAGCGAGAAGGCCAUGUCGCGCGGCGGCUGGUUGCAGUUCUCCAUCAUGGCCAAGGACUGCACCUUAUUUGAGGCCGUCAGCUUGUGCCGCAACUGGAAUGAGUUCUUCGAGCUCAGCAUCCUUGCCACAUAUCAGUACUUCCCGUCUGGCAACUGGGCCGCUUGGGUUGGUGAUCAAAUGCGCCAACAGGUGCUGCAGCUAGGCUUUAUACCGUACUUCCAGAUGGAAAUGGCCGACAAGUACACGGUACACCACCAAACCGGAUCCCGCAGCCACUACGGCCGCCAGCACCAGAUCUUCGAAGCCCGCAACUUCAUCUGCGCCUGCCUCAAACGCAACGACCCCGUCUCGCGCCGCUUCAUCCAGUACAUUGUCAUGCAAGCCAACUCGAUGGUCGUCUUGGUCCGCGACGUCAAGACGGGCAACAUCCUGGCCAAGCCGCCGGAGAGCGAGCUCUGGCUCAUCCGCGAAAAGUCGGGCAUGGGCCGCGCCUCCCGCAACGAGUGGAACAUUGUCAAGGAGGUCGGCCCGGAAUUUUUCGAGGACAUGGACAGGCAGCGUCAGUGGCACUUCAACUUUAAAGAGUACUACGACGUCAUCAUCUGGGACCUCGAGCCGGGCUUCCACUUCUCCCACCUGUACAACGGCGUGCAGACUGCCCUCAUCAAAGCUCAUCGCUUCCAGUGCGGCCUCGACAUGUACAAGCCGUCCGAGCAUAUUCUCAAGACUAUCACGCGCGACAAGGAGACGCAGCGCACGCGGGAUAUCAGGCCGGGUGAGGAGGGUAAGGUGCAGAGCAUCUGGGAUGAUAUCAACAGCGACUCCAACCGCGUCAAAUUCUUCACCGACGAUGCCGAGUCGGCCGAGGAGCUCUCCGACGACAUGCCCAAGGAGUGGAGAUACAGCGAAGCGGACAGACUCGAAGACGAAAUACUCUUCCCAUGGGAGCACAAGUCAGCCAACAAGUCCCAAGGUAUGCUGAAGGAAUCCGAGGACACGGGCAAGAACGACGAAGGAGAAGCACUCCUGGCCACUCAGGGAAGGAUGCACCGCUUUGAGAACUUCGGCCCGUCCAUGAAGCGAUUCGCCUAUGGUCUGGACACGGAUGAUGAACUCAGCGAUUCUUGCGGCUCCGAGUGUGAUGAUCCCGACUGCGACGGCAUGCACGACUUCGACUCGUCCGACGAGUUCAUCGGUGACGACGAGACUGAUUACGAUUACGAAGACGACGGCUGGGAAGAUGAAGAUAGCUCAGUGGAUGAGGAUGCUGAGGAAGCCCCACCCUUUAGGGACUAUGUGAAGGACCCGUUCGCAGAUGUUCCUGAGGACACCCCUCCCAUGAAGGCCCUGCUUGAACAUCUCGAGCUUCCCCUUCCGACUUCCGCGGAGGAGGAAAAGGAAGUGUUUGAGAAGGCUACAAAGGAGUACAAAUUCCCAGGUGCUUCCGAUUGGGAUGAAUUGUGGAGCAAUGUCAGAGAAGUCCGUCCGGCUUCUGCUGUUGAAUAUGACGAGGUUUUUAACGUAGUUGAGAAGCUGCGCCUUGAAGAAGCGGAACAAGCUGAAGAGUCCAAGGCAUUGACGAAGAAACCCAAGAAAGAAAAGAAGCUCACCAAGACUCAACAGAAGGCGCAGUUGGUAGAUAUGUUCCAGGAUGACUGGGAACUUCACAUGGAGCGCGAGCGUUCAGCUUGCUUCAAAGAGUGCUGGCACAGAGCUGACCUUGAGCCGGGCGCUCAGGAGCGCUGGAACGAGUACACGCGCCUCAUGACCGAGCUCGAGAAGUGGGACACACCCAAGCUGGGCGGACAAUCGACAAUUCACAUGCUCCGCCGGGUCAAGAGCAGCAUGAAGCUCCUGGCGGACCUGGGCAUCGAGAGGGACAGCCACCGCCGCAUCAAGCGGGACAUGAACAUGGCCUGGACGCUGACGUCCAUCUUCUUCGGCGACAAUGCCGCCUUCUUCAACUCGGAGACGGGCCUGUCGUUCAAGAGCUCGCUCCUGCUGAACCAGCCGGCGCGCGCCGCCCACCCGCCCGACAUCCGCUCGCCGCAUUCGAACAAGACGCGUCCGAAGGAGCACUGGCAGGAAUGGGAUGCUGGUGUCAGCAAGACGAAAGAAGGCCGCCGCCACGUCAUCGAUUAUUAUCCUGAGCACUGGAACCUCGUCGUGCGCCCGACCGUCGCGCACCUCUACCGUGAAGGCGUCAUCUGCCCCUCAUACUGGCCCACCGGCAACGGCCCCGCCGUCUGCCUCACCGAGCCCGACCGCCCGGGCAAACCAGACGUCUACUUCGACUGGCGCCUCUCCAUCCCACAAAUACACCUCCCGCCGACGCUGCAGGACCCGCACUCGAUCGACCCGCUCCUCGACCACGCGCGCCGCUUCGAUCGCGACAACCCUGGCGCCGUCUUCUCCGUCCUCAAGCUCUGGAGCGCCCCGCAUUUCUGGCCGCUCAUGCUCGGCUUCGAUAACCGCGACAACACCAGUUUCGCCGACGGCGCGGGCCGCAUGUGGGAGUGGAAGUUUAUCCCGAAGGACAUGCCGUAUAGCGAGUGGAGCGUGCAUCAGAGUGCGAGGGGCCGCAUAGAGCCGUAUCGGGGGAGGUUGUUUGGGAAGAAGGUUGUUGUGCGGAAGGAUGCGUUUUUGGUUAUGGGGUGCGAUAGGGAGGAGUGUAGGAGAUUGACGACGGCGGCGGUGUGGGCGGUUAAUACCCGCCCGUGGCGGCUCGAGGUCGAUCCGUGGAAGAGUUGGUUUGGGGUUGAUCUGGGGUUUUUGGAGGGGUUGGGGGGGCGGUGGUGGAUGUGA